GGGAACGGCUGCUCCCGCUGAGAACUGACAGCGCCAGCGCCGUGCGGCUGCGGGGACCGGCCCCGAGGGAUUACAAUGGUUGACACAGAAAUGCCGUUUUGGCCCCUGAAUUUUGGAAUCAGCCCCGUGGAUCUGUCAGCCAUGGAUGAUCACACACAUUCCUUUGACAUCAAGCCCUUCACCACCGUUGACUUCUCCAGCAUUUCCUCCCCUCACUAUGAAGAUCUCCCCCUUGCCAGAGCUGACCAGUCAGGCCUGGAUUACAAAUAUGAUAUCAAGCUCCAGGAUUGCCAAAGUGCCAUCAAGCUGGAGCCUCCAUCCCCGCCCUAUUUCCCCGAGAAGGUGCAGCUGUACAACAAAGCUCACGAGGAGGCGUCCAACUCGCUGAUGGCCAUCGAGUGCCGCGUGUGCGGCGACAAAGCCUCCGGCUUCCACUACGGCGUGCACGCCUGCGAGGGCUGCAAGGGAUUUUUCCGCAGGACCAUCCGGUUGAAGCUGAUUUACGACAGGUGUGACCUGAACUGCCGCAUCCACAAGAAGAGCAGGAACAAAUGUCAGUACUGCAGGUUCCAGAAGUGCCUGGCUGUGGGGAUGUCACACAAUGCCAUCAGGUUCGGGCGGAUGCCGCAGGCGGAGAAGGAGAAGCUGCUGGCGGAGAUCUCCAGCGACAUCGAGCAGCUGAACCCCGAGUCGGCCGACCUGCGCGCGCUGGCCAAGCACCUCUACGACUCCUACAUCAAGUCCUUCCCUCUGACCAAAGCCAAGGCGAGGGCCAUCCUGACAGGAAAGACGACAGACAAAUCACCCUUCGUUAUUUAUGACAUGAACUCUUUGAUGAUGGGGGAAGACCAGAUCAAGUGCAAGCACGUGUCCCCCCUGCAGGAGGAGAACAAGGAGGUGGCCAUCCGCAUCUUCCAGCGCUGCCAGUUCCGCUCCGUGGAGGCCGUGCAGGAGAUCACCGAGUUCGCCAAGAACAUCCCGGGCUUCGUCAACCUCGACCUCAACGACCAAGUGACUCUGCUCAAAUACGGGGUCCACGAGAUCAUCUACACCCUGCUGGCCUCCCUGAUGAAUAAAGAUGGGGUUCUCAUAUCCGAUGGACAGGGGUUCAUGACGCGGGAGUUCCUGAAGAGCCUGAGGAAACCUUUUUGUGACUUUAUGGAGCCCAAGUUUGAGUUUGCUGUGAAGUUCAAUGCACUGGAAUUAGAUGACAGUGACCUGGCAAUAUUUAUAGCUGUCAUUAUCCUAAGUGGAGACCGCCCGGGGUUGCUAAAUGUGAAGCCCAUUGAAGACAUUCAGGACAACCUUUUGCAAGCCCUGGAGCUGCAGCUGAAGCUGAACCACCCCGAGUCCUCGCAGCUGUUUGCAAAGCUGCUGCAGAAAAUGACGGACCUGAGGCAGAUCGUGACGGAGCACGUGCAGCUCCUGCAGGUCAUCAAGAAAACCGAGACGGACAUGAGCCUCCACCCUCUGCUCCAGGAGAUCUACAAGGACCUGUAUUAAUGAGCAGAGCAGCUGUUAAUGCCCCGACAUGAUGUAUGUUCUUCAGAUUGCACUAUUUCUAUGAGGGAAAAACUUGGCGUACCUAAGAGAUUACUGUGAAACAGCAUUUAAAAAGAGAGAGCUUAGUAUAGUAGAUCUAUUUUAUGCAUAUUGUUUAUAAAGACACAUUUACAAUUUACUUUUAAUAUUAAAAGUAUCUAUAUCAUGAAAUUGUUGGCAGUAUUUUCAGAAUUAAUUUUUUUAAACUACGUUAUUUCUUACAAUCGCUU